AAGGCGUCGAGGCCGUCGUAAAAAUCGACGCCGUAAAGCCAGUGGAGGCUGUGGUGGCCGUGGUGCGUCGCCAUGCCGCUGAUGAAAGGGCGCGCGGCGGUGCGCCGCACGCUCGACUACCUGCAGCGGGGCGACGUCAUCUUCCGCAGCGCCGUCAAGAUCAUGGCCGUCAACUACAACACGAGCGGCACACGCAGCGACGGCACCAGGAAGUUCGUGUUCUUCACGGUGCCGCAAAUCCAGUUCAAGAACCCGUGGGUGCAGAUCGUGGCGUUCAAGAACGUGACCCCCUCGCCCUUCCUGCGCUUCUACCUGGACACCGGGGAGCAGAUCCUGGUGGACGUGGAGGACAAAACGAACCAGGAGAUCACGGCGCACGUCAAGAAGCUCAUGGGCAAGUCACCGGAGCAGUUGGCGGAGGACGAACGCGCGCGCCUCGUGCUGUCCAACCCCGCCAACUUUGGCCGCAACGAUCGCUACGAGCGCAAGUGCCUGUGCGAGGUCGAAGGUCAGGUGCCCUGUCCGGCCAUUGUGCCGCUGCCCAAGGAGAUGCGCGGCAAAUACCGCAACGCCAAAAUGGAGGACACUGCGUAGACGACGGGUGGACGCCGGGGGCAGCAACAAUGACCACGUGGGCACAGCGGCGAUGUGGUGUGGGCGAUGUCGGCGAAACUGGGUGGACGAUGGCACCCCCCCUCUCCCCUGCCUCACUACUCGCUUCACGUGUGACCUGGCCCCUUUUGUCAUUCCACUGCUGGAUGAUGGCCUCUCCACGCCCUGUGGGCCACGACGGGUUGCUUGACUGUACUUUACGCUGGUUGGUGAAGAGGCCCUUGCAGUGACGGGAGGAAAGAUUGAAUGCGGGAAACACGGCGGUUUUGCGAGGUAAAACAAUCUUCCCCUCCAGUACCCGAUUAGUGCAGCGAAGUUGCGUGCAGCAAUGGAUCGUUGUCGUUGAUGGGCCCUCUUAAAAGUGGUCGUGAAAUGAAGCCGUGGGUCGUAUCCAUCGCCCAUUUGACUAUCGGUUUCCCACCCCUCUUGCCCUAAACUCUCAUCCCGGAAUGAACGCCACUCUGAAAUCUGUGCACUGCGCUGUACACGAGACGAAUCGGAGCUGUGCGUCAGGUUUUUCAUGUUUGUACUUUAUGUUUAUUGUGCAACGACAUUAACCGUAACCGCUUCUGGAGAGCGUUUAAUAAACAGAUUGCCUGGGUUGGCGACACCGACAAA